UGUGUCUGAUAUAUUUACAGACUUUACUUAUUACUGGAUAGACGCAAUCCAUACUUAUGCGCAACAGCAAAACAUGAGUGAAGAUGGGGUAUCUUCCCCCCGAAUAAUCAUUGCUUGCACACAUAAAGACAAAUACCUGGAAAAUGUUCCCAAAGAAAAGCAUGAAGAAGAAAUAAAUGCAUACUUUGAUAAAUUGCGGCAGCAUAUACAACAGAAGAGAAGUGGUGUGCAUGUUGAUCCUCGUUUCUUUGCAAUUGACAACACAUGUCAAGAUGAAGAUCAAGAAAUAUCUGAUCUCCGUCGAUAUGUUAUGAAAAUUGCUGAAAGCCAAAAAUCUUGGGGAGAAAAGAAUCCAAUAAGAUGGAUUAGGUUAGAAGAAGAUCUUCAGCUGCGACGAGCACCCGAGAAACGAGGAAAAAGGUGGAUAAGGUAUGAGGAGCUGCAAAAUUUAGCUCUUAAAGUUGGAAUGCAGGAUGCCAAUGAGCUGAAGUCAUUCCUCCAGUUCCAUCAUGACAUUGGAGAUCUUAUGCACUUUCAGACAGACGAUCUCUCAGACACUGUCAUUUUGAAUCCAUCAUGGCUGAUAGACGCAUUCAGGUCUAUUAUAGCAGUUGAUAAACACCAUGUCAAAGCCAAAGGGACUCCCUAUUGGUCUGCAUUAAAGAGGGGCAUCUUAGAUGAAAGACUUUUGGAUGAGCUAUGGGGAGAUGACAGUGAAUUGAAGUCCAUUGUAAUCAGUGUUAUGGUACAAUUCAACAUUCUUUUGCAACAGGACGUCAAGCCAGGUACAACAGAAAAGCCUACUUCUCGACAGUUCUAUGUGCCCAGCUUACUCCAGUUAUGCAAGAAUCCAGAAUCUGGGGUUGGCAGUGAAGGAACACUAUUUAUACAAGGGAAAGAAAACUUUAUGCCACAUGUGCUUUUCAGUCGGCUUACAGUGAAAUUAGUUCAAAAUGGCACAUCUUCUGGUAGGAAAGGAUUAAGAAGAAGAGGUGACUUUUUUCUCUUUCAAAAUGAGUUGUACUACGAUUAUGCUGUAUAUGUAAUCGAUCCACUCAGAAGAGCUCGUUGUGCUUUGAGAAAGUCAACUAAAUCCUCUUCCAUCGAACUGAUUCCCUUAUAUCCCCCAACGACAAAGUUUGACAGAACAAUCCGAGGGGCAUAUGCUAAGUGGAAGAACCAUGUUUUGAUGCAAAUUCAUCAAGUUAAGCAGACCAUCUGCCCACAUUUGCAGCUGGAAUGGUGUGUCAGAAAUCCAAGAAAGCCAAAGGUCAGAGAGGAGCUGAUGGCAAUAGAUCCUAAGGAGUCUGAUCUCACAGCAUGUGGGCUACCUGAGGAUUCAGUGUACAGACUAUGGUUUAUGCCAGACUCGAGUGAGAAGGAGCAUGGUGUUACCCCACCCGCCACGACAUUACCAAGUGAUACUGGAGGAAACAGAGAUGGCGGUAUGUUACAAGAAGAAAGAAUUUUAAAAUCACCUACACCACCCCAGACCAGGCACUCUACCUCACAAGGUAGUGGGAAGAUUGGGACAGAUGAUCUCAAAGAUACAUACCUUAGGAAAUUCUCCAUCACUCCAGAAGGUGGACAUGUUCAUCUGAAGGAAGUUGGAGUAUUCCUGUUAGUGCCUCCGGAAGCUCUGGCUGAAACUACAGAAAUGUUCAUUGGUAUAAGUUGGAGAGAAGAAGACAUGCCACCGCUGCCACCAUGUCAGACUAGAGCAAGUCCAGUUGUUGUCUGCGGACCACAUGGCCUGACGUUCAGAACACCAGUCUACCUGUCAUUUUAUCACUGUAUAUCAGGAACACGCCAGAGAAAGAUGGGAAAGAUCUGUCCUGAAAAUCUAACUAGGAAUUCAAGACUGGACAAUCCAUUUUACGUAUGGCAGUCAGAAACUCACUUCAAUGCCCCUUGUCAGUGGAAAGUAUUGAGCAGUGAUUCUGUUGUGUUGACAAACACCAAAUGUAUCUUAAAUGUGAACCAGUUCUGCAAACACAAUUUGUCAUGUGACAGUAAGCGUCUUUCUGCCUUGGUGUUUGGGUCAUUUCAGCCUCGACCUGCCCCCUUGCUGAAACUGAUGGUGUGCUGUGUCAAUGACACCAGAGAUGAGGUCGAGAAUGUGAGAACUAAUGCUAAGGAAUAUUUCCUAAUGGAGAUGUUAGCUCUGGAAAAGAAGUUUCAUUUCUUAACUUGUGAGUACAGUGAGAGUAAAGAAAAGGAGUCCUAUGAUGUCAGCCUUUUGUUGGAAAGGUUUGAUGCAAAGUGGAACAUGCAUGAAGAUUGUCCUAGAAAGCUGCUGCAAACCAACAGUGGAGCAGAAUGGAGGCAAGCCCAUGUGGAAGUAGCACCAUUUUAUACCAGCAAGGAGGUGGAAAGGUUGAUCUCAGAAACAGAGAAUACUGUCACUUCGGAAUUAGAAGAAGGAGACAGGCAGAAAGCAAUGAAAAGAUUGCGUGUCCCUCCCUUAGGAGAUCAGCAAAUUCCAUGGACAACAUUUCGUGUUGGGUUAUUCUCAGGGAUCUUUAUUGUCUUGGUGGUGACAGUGAUAAUAUCAGCUAUUUACACCGAGGAAGUUGACUGGAAAACAGCACUGCGGAUGUAUCGUGGCACAUUCCUGAUCAUUUUCUUCCUCUUUCUUCUUGGGAUUGACACAUAUGGAUGGAGGUCAUCCGGGGUCAACCAUGUACUUAUAUUUGAACUCGACCCAAGAAAUCAUCUUUCUCAUCAGCAGAUUUAUGAGAUUGCCUGUUUCUUUUCUGUGAUCUGGGCCAUAAGCCUGAUGGCCUAUCUCAAGUUCUAUUUCAUCCCAGUGUUUGCCAACCCACUGGCUUUAGUGGGCUUCUUGUUCCUGUAUCUAGUCAACCCUUUGCCUGUGCUGCAUAAAAAGUCAAGGUUCUGGCUGCUUAGGAUUUUGUGGAGAAUCAUAGCUGCUCCUUUCUACCAUGUAGAAUUUGCUGAUUUCUGGCUGGCAGACCAGCUGAACAGUCUGACCCUGGUGAUACUGGACCUGCAGUAUUUCAUAUGUUAUUAUGUUGCAGAGGUGGACUGGCUGGGAGAUGCUAAACAGCCAGGGAUUUGCUCACACAGCUUGCCAGUACAUAUAUCCACUGCCAUUGUUGCUGUUCUUCCUGCCUGGUGGCGCUUUGCCCAGUGCCUUCGUCGUUAUCGAGACUCAAAACUGGUGUUUCCCCAUUUAGUCAAUGCAGGGAAAUAUUCUACUACUUUCCUUGUGGUGCUGUUCUCAUCGCUGAAUGCUUGGUAUAAAGACCAACAUGGGCAUGCUGUGAUCCAAAACAAUUUAUUCUUCUACCUGUGGGUGGCCGCGGCAGUGCUGAGUACUGCUUAUACUUACACCUGGGAUAUCAAGAUGGACUGGGGACUAAUGGACAAGAAGGCUGGGGACAAUAAGUUCCUUAGGGAGGAGAUAGUGUAUGCUUAUAAGAUAUUAUAA